AGAGGCACUAAAAUCCAGAUAGACUCCCGCUAGUAUAAAAGCUCGAAACUUUACUCAGAGAAGCAUCACUCAGUUGACAACAGUCAAAGAAGUACAUUGAUUCUUUAAGAAAGUACAACGAGCCAGUCAAGCUUCAAAAUGGUUUCCAUCCGCGUUAUUCUCACCAUCUUCGCCGUUCUUGCAACCGUCGCCGUCCUCAGUGUGAACGCGGCUUACAGAAAACCACCCUUCAACGGCAGCAUCUUCGGCAAGCGAUCCAGCACCGUUACAGACGGUACAGAUUACGAAGUUACCGGAAGAGCCUUGACCGCGAUGUGCGAAGUCGCCAGCGAAACUUGCAGCGCCUGGUUUGCUCACCAAGAAACCAACUGAACUGAUAAUAUUUCGAUCAAACAACACAGUCGGAUACGAAAUUAAUUGAUAUCGAUUAAUAUACCAUAACUGAGCCCUGCAUUUAAUCAUACAUUUACCGAAUGUUUCACCGCUUUCACAAUACCUUAUCAUAUUAAAUAUUUAGAUAAAUAAACGUUAUAAAUAACGUUGGAUACGAAUGAUGAUUUAUUUUAAUGAGAUAAAAUUAAUAUAAAUUCAAUUACAAUGAUCGCCUUUGUUUCCACUCAUUAUCAUUACACUGUAUUCGUUCAUG